AUGGUGCUGAUCGACAACGACCUGCGGAAUAUCGUCAAGGGAAUUGCUGAGGGUCGUCUGCUGUAUGCGAACCUCAAGAAGACGAUCGCCUACACCCUAACACAUCUAAUGCCCGAGCUGUAUGCCGUCUUAUUCACGUUCAUCGUUGGAUUCCCAUUGGGUCUAUCCAGUCUACAGGUAUAG